AUGGCCCAUUUCUCUGUCGCAACUCGUCCUCCUUCAACAUUAUCGUACCUCUCACCCUUCAGCUCCCCUCCUAUGGAAGCGUCACCUCUUACUCGCCAGCCUCAGCCCGAGGUCUUUACCCCCAAGAUCAUCCAGCUCUACGAUUCUCUCUUCAAGGAUGACUACGACGACGAAGAGAAGACGGAUGGCUUCUGGACAGAGUUUUUCCUCCUCAGACCCGAUCGCGCCGCCCUGAGACGUAUCCUUAACGAGUUGAGCCCCAGCCAUGUCUUGUCGCUCGAUGUGCGGACGCAGGAGCUCUUUGCGAGGGGUAUAGCUGCGCUCAAGGGCUCGCAUAGCCUUGCGCAGCUGCACGCCCUAGACACGCUCAGUGUCUUUCUAUCAUGCCUCCUCUCCAAACGAUACCCGCAUCCGAGCUCCGAUAUCAUGGUUCUUCUUGCAGGACUCGAUCAGAUCGAUGCCGUGUUCACCGACUUUGUCAGCGCUGUGGAGGCUAUAAUAAAGAAUAGCAAAGAGUCGUUCCAGGCUAACAAUGUCAGCCUCCUAGCAAACUACAACAAAUUCGAGUUCCAGAAUCCUUACCAGCAAAGAUUAAACGACUUUGUUAACGAAGCCGUGAUUCAAAAGAUCCUGGGCGCAGUAGGACAAGCGUGUCAGAUAGUUCGGUCUCGAUACAUCACGAUCCAAGACGAUCUUCCUGAAGGCUGGACCUUCAGCGCUACUCUCAACAUGAUCGGACUCGGCGCGAUCGCUCCCGGGCCAAGACCUGUGAAGAAGCCUGUGUAUGAUGUUGAGACUGCCAAAGCUCUCUUCACCAAGCUACCUGAGGAAGAAGCUGCUGUUCUCCUAGCUACUUACGACUUCACCCACGCCAACAAGCUCUUCUGCUUCAACCUAGUAACACAGGCAGCUGAACCAGGCGCUGAGCAACCCAUCGCCAGCUAUGUCUCCCUCACCUCCUAUCUCCUCCAACACGCCUACCUCUCACCCCGCGCCACAUACUACGCCCAUCUCAACCUCAUGGUCUUCCGCCUCCUGAUCGAAGAUCCCACAAUCUGCAAGCGUAUCUGCAGCGAUGAAUCUCGCGUCGCAGUGCGUCUGUGUCGACAACGGCAGCCUUACCUUCCACUCGUCAAAGGCGAGCGGGUCCUCGCCAUUUCACUUCUAGACACUAUGAUUGACGGUGUGAAUCAUAAUCUCCGUCGUCGUCUUGAUGUCAGUCUUUACACGCUCUGCUUCGGCAUCAUGCUUCGUAUUAUCUCAUAUCUCUCUCGUACACGCACACGGCUGGAGUAUCAUUGGCCUGAGUUCUUCCGGUCUUUGCUCUCUAUUGUUCGCUUCCUGGCUACAUACACAGCCGAUCUGAAGGAUCUACCACAUAUCGAUACUCUUCUCGACCACGUUGUUAAUCUCAUCGCCCUAUCCCUCUCCGCUGGUGAAGCUUUCCUCCCUUCGCCAGCAGAUUACGACGAUCUGUUCUACAAAGUCGUCGAGUCCGGCGAGGUUCUCACCAAGUUCAAAGAGAACUACCGCCUGGGGAACCGUAACAGUAACUCCAUUAAUACGCUUAUCAACGUUAGUGCGCAUUACAACCAGAUGCUUUCAGAAGGUGGUGCGAAUCGUCGUAAGCCUAGUCUCUUGACGACACAGGAGGUCACGGAGGUUAUUCGUCAGGGUUACGAGACGUUGAGUAUCCAGGCGAAGGAGGGACUGGAUUCAUGGGAGAGAUACCGGGAGGCGGAUGAGAGGACGUUGCUCAAGAAGAUGGCGAGAGCAGCUGUUGGUGAUGUGCGAGUUAUGGUUGAGCGGUAG